AUGCGCCCAGUGCUUAGAGCCAAGCGGCAGCAGCCUCUCCUGUGGCCCGGGAAUGCGGAACCGCCAGCACCUCAUUGGAUUUGGAUGGUCCCGAGCGCGUCUGGGCUUUUUCGGAUCGGAGGCGCUGCCGGGGUAGUCCCCCCACCUCCUCCUCCGCUGCUGCUCUCUUCGCCUCCUCCUCCUCCCCCACCUCCCCCGCCGCCGGCCCCGUUGAUCCAGGGGGUUUCGAGCUGGCAACUUCCCUGCGAUCCUUUUGUGCCUUUGAUGGCAUCGGAGCACCACUCGACCGUUCACCAGCUCCCGUUUCUGAAUGGACAGUGGAUGUUUGGAGCUCAAUCUCCAGUAAUUGGAUUUUCACCUUCCUCAACUGUGGAAUUUGUUCCUCUUUUUCCUCAUGUGUAUACUACCACUGCUCUACCACAUUCUGGGAAAAGUUGGGUAGAAAAGAGAUUACCAAAUUGCAAGAUUUAUUUGAACAACACAUUUGCUCUUGAUUCAACAUGGAUUCAUCCCAAGGAACUAAGAAUCUACCAAGGACAUGAAAAGCCUCUUGCUACAGCAAACCAAGUAGCUGUGGCAGUAUCUAGGCCAGCCACUGCUCCCAGGCCUUUUCCUACAGUGGUAUUAACACCUCAACCAAUUGCAGCUGGUUCACUUAAACAAACUGGAGGCAACCAGACAAUUGCCUUUGCAGCAGCCAUGCUAUCCAUAGAUGCUGAGCCCCCUCAGGGACCACCUUCAAGUAUCCAACCAUGUCAUGUGCUGACUUUGUCACCAAUAAAAAUCCCAGUUUUGACAUCACCUUUCCAAGGUAUUGCUUCAAGACUCGAGACUCGCAUGAGUCCUCUGAUGCCAGCUCAAGUCACCAGGGUAGCGGCUAUCUCAUCACCAGCUGUGACGUUCAUGGCAACCAAUUUGGUGGAUCAAACAUUAGCAGAUAAAAGGAAAGAACCAGACAGGACAUCCUGCCCACCAACCCUAAUUUUACAUACUGAAAUGAAGAACAAGCCAGCAGAAAAUGAAAAUGAGAAGACUCAUUCUUUAAAACUACUCACAGAUGAUGAAAACACUUCAAAUGGCAACAAGCCUGUUGCAUCUACUCCUGUUCCAGGAUCUCCCUGGUGUAUAGUCUGGACUGGGGAUGACCGAGUCUUCUUCUUCAACCCUACAAUGCAAUUGUCAGUAUGGGAGAAACCAGUGGAUCUAAAGAACCGCGGUGAUAUUAACCGAAUCAUUGAAGACCCACCUCAUAAACGGAAACUGGAAGCUUCAGCAACAGAUAAAGAUGGCACAGAUCCAGAAGAUAUGAAUGAUGACAGCAGCAUCAAAACAAAGAGAAACAAGUUGGAAAAUUCACAGAAUACAGAGCUAGAAAAAAUAACAAUGGAAGAGAAAAACGUGAAAACAUCAGAACAUCAGAUUACCCUUCCCUUGGAGGAACGUAUUACCCAUUUUCGAGAUAUGCUUUUGGAAAGAGGGGUCUCUGCAUUUUCCACAUGGGAAAAAGAACUUCAUAAAAUUGUGUUUGAUCCACGUUAUCUUCUACUAAACUCAGAAGAACGUAAACAGAUAUUUGAGCAGUUUGUCAAGACGAGAAUAAGAGAAGAAUAUAAGGAAAAGAAAAACAAACUACUGCUAGCCAAAGAAGAAUUUAAAAAGCUGCUUGAGGAAUCUAAAUUGUCACCGAGGACCACCUUUAAGGAGUUUGCAGAGAAAUAUGGUACAGAUCAACGUUUUCGAUUGGUUCAGAAAAAGAAAGACCAAGAGCAUUUUUUCAACCAGUUCAUACUUAUCCUUAAAAAGAGAGACAAAGAGAACAGAAUAAGGCUACGGAAAAUGAGAUAA